AUGUCCACUGCUUCUCCCAUCCUCUUUAUUCCUGCCCCUGUCCCCUUUCUAUUUCCCUCUCUCAACCCGCUUCCCCGUGUGGCAACCUGCGUUCACGCCCUCUUUCUCUCUCCUCCGCGCCUCUGUCUCACACUUUCCCCCCUCUCUCUCUCCUCCGUGCCUCUGUCUCACACUUUCCCCCCUCUCUCUCUCCUCCGCGCCUCUGUCUCACACUUUCCCCCCUCUCUCUCUCUUCCGCGCCUCUGUCUCACACCUUCCCCCCUCUCUCUCUCCUCCGCGCCUCUGUCUCGCACUUUCCCCCCUCACUUGCACCUCCCCCGUCUCCCUCGUGUCUCUCCCCUUCCCACCAAUCCCGUCUCACAGGGAUGCCACAAGGGCAUUUGUCUCAGGCAAUUUUUCAGACCUUCUCCAUUCCUUUUCCAUCCCUUUCCCCCUCUUACCAUCCCUUACUCUCCCAUUCCCUCCUGUUUUAACACGCUCUCCAUCCCUGUCCACUCCUUUCCAUCCCUCUCCAUCCCUCUCCAUCCUGCAGGUGACGGCUUAACGGACGAUCUGACGGGGCUGUCAGGCGAGCAGUGCAUCGGCAUCGCUGACUGGCGGGACUUCUACUUCAAAACCUACAUCCACGUGGGCAAGCUGGUGGGGCGGUUCUACGACGAGCAGGGCAAGCCAAGAGAUUCUCUGGGCGAGUUUGACGAGCUUCUCAAGGAGGGCAAGCGGCUGAGGGACGUGGCCAAGGUGGCGGAGAAGAAAUACCCUGGGUGCAACUCACGAUGGGCUCAGAACGAGGGCGGCAAGUCACCUCAGUGGCCAAAGUGGAUGGAGAAGAAACACCCUGGAUGCAACUCGCGAUGGGCGCAGAACGAGGGUGGCAAGUUGUGGCCUCUCUCUCUUCGCUUCUCCUCCCUGCCUUCUACUCCCACCCUGCGUUCCUGUCUUAACUUUGGGGUGCCCCGUAAGAUCCCUCGAAUCCCAGAGGCAGAAGGCGGGCCAGUGGGGGGCAGUGAGGACACGCGCUGUGCGUGCUUCACCAAGGACCAGCUCGCCUCGCGCUCUGACCUUCACGAGUACGAUGGGUGCGACCCUGACGCCACCAAGUGUGUCUCCUCCCCUCCCGAAGACCCCAAUGCUGCAUCUCUAGGGGAUGAGGGUGAGGAGGAGGAAUGA